GAGCUAUCAACAGCGUCUUUCCAUCGACAGAGAUAAUGGAGUUACUUUAUCUUCUGUGCUCCAUCAUUUCCACCUCCUUCACAACCCUUGUUUUAUCUCUUCUCCUCGCCUACAAAUCCCUCCUCCGGUGGUUUUUCAUCCCACGAGCCGCCCCUCCCUCCUCCGCCGACGGAGCUGAACCGGUGUCUCUGUACCAAGGCGUCGUCUGGCACGAACGACGCCGUCCCGUUCACCAUUCUUUCCGAUACUCUGCCCGGUACGCGCUCAUUGACCUCGACCACGCGCCCUACGCUCUCUCCAGCCACCUCUCCGCCGACGAAGCUCGUCGAGUGGCCACAACCACCGGUCCCGUUUUCCUCUUGACAAUACCUCCUAGUGUGGGAUAUGAACAAAAUCCAUUGAGUUUGUAUUAUUGCUAUGAUCUAGACGAAUCAGCCCUGAAGUUGAAGAAUUGCAUUGCUGAGGUAACCAAUACACCAUGGGGUGAAAGAGUAUCAUUUUUGUUCAAUCCAAACUUUGAUUUAGUUGCAAAGCCACUACAUGUCAGUCCUUUUAUGGAUAUGCUAGGCGAUUGGAGAAUCAAAACAAAUGCACCUGGAGAUGAGCUGUUAGUAGCAAUAUCUGUUCAACAUCCCAAGCUUGGGGACUAUUUUACAGCUACCUUGACAGCCAAAAAAGUUCACUCCUCAUUGGUCGAUAACCAUGCUGUGUUCUUCUGGUUGAUGCCCCAUAAAGUUGCAGUUUGGAUUUACUGGCAUGCUGUCAAGCUCUGGUGGAAAAAUGUGCAAUUCAUCCAGCAUCCAAGAUAUCACAGCCCUGCAUAUAGGGAAGAAGCAUUGAUACGAGACGGGAAUCUUCAAUGCUGUAAGGCAUUUGCAAGAGACACACAGCACCGUCUUUUAGUUGAAAGAAGUGAUUCUGAUGUUAUAACGAGCAUCAAUGGGAGGGACCAUGGGUUCACAUGGAGAGAUGCUAAGUGGCCCUGGUGCUGAAUAUGAACAGUAAGUCUCUGUUGCCAUUUGUUUUAAUGUUGGUAGUAGCCUCAAUAUGGUAUUUUUCAGUUAUAUAAUCCCACGAGAACUUGUAUGUGCAUUUGUGGGCCUUGCAGUAAGCAAUUCCAUGGAAAUGAGAUUCGUUUCUAUCAUUUCAUUGGGAUUAUUAACUAUGAGGGUCUGCCACUCAAUUACCUAAAACAAGGAAAGGAAUUCACACACAUUAGAAUUAUUUCCUUUAUAAAUUUUAGGUAACUCCACUACGAUAGUUUUGUACUCAUAUUAUUCUUACGAUUGGAUGAAUCUGUUUAUAGCAAUACUAUGCACAUCAAUCAUUUAUCUAUAUAUAUAUAUAUAUAUUUUUUUUUUAUUUUCCUGA